CCUCAAUUCCGGCCUGCCUGAUGCUUGGCCUCUACUGGCAUUUUUCCUAUUACGGUGUCCCUAUUGUGAAAAUUGCCAAUGGAGACCGAGCACUUAAAGGCCUCUUAUAUAUGCAGGGUAGACCAGGAAAGACCGAGAGAGCCUGCAGAUGGCGAAGCUCGAAGGCGGCAGCAAGGAUGUUUACGAAGCCAUGCAGAGGUGGCACAACCGUUCCUUGGGCCACCGGCUGUACGACGCCUUCACCGUAGCUGGCCUCCGCGUCGAGGCCAUCGAACCCGGCCGCCUUCUCUGCUCCUUCAUGGUCCCUCCUCGCCUCACGUCGAGCGCCAGCAACCGUAUGCAUGGAGGCGCGGUGGCGUCGCUGGUGGACCUGGUGGGCUCUGCGGUAAUCUUCACGGGCGGCUCGCCGGUGACAGGCGUCUCGCUGGAUAUCACCGUCUCCUACCUGGGCGCCGCCCAUGCAAACGAGGAGAUCGAGGUGGAGGCCCGGGUCCUCGGCAUCGGCGACAAGACGGGGUGCGUAACCGUGGAGGUGAGGAGGAAGGACACCGGCCAGGUGCUCGCGCACGGCCGCCACACCAAGUAUCUCGCCAACGUCUCCAGUAAACUGUGAGGGUCCUUCCCAUCCUGGAAGAGCUGCAGUGUAUAGAACGGUUGUCUUUGCUGGCCACCGAUCUUGAUAUUCUACCGAGCACGGAAUAUUCCAUGCAUCGAUCCAUCAUUCAUGUUUGCUUUGAGAUUCGUGUUGCUUUUCUUGUUAUCAAAAUUUAUCUCAUUUCAAAAUGUUUUGUUUGCUUUUUCUUGUUUCAACGUGUAUCAUCAUGUUUCAUUGUGUGUCAAUAAAAAUGAAUGCACUUAUCAGCUUUGCUGAUA